GUCAAUAACCGAGGAAAUCGAAGAUUCAGGAUAGGAGCGGAAAUAGGCCGAUAUUAUCUAACAGACAUGGGAAAUCCCGACCUUCUGAGGACAGAUACGAGGUUCGAUUACAUUGACCUUUCCGGUCUUCCUUUUCCGGCUUUCAGGAACAGAAGGAUAGCCAGCAUUGGUACUGAGAUGGGAUACGAAGGUUCGAAUCCUCCUACUCCUGAUCCGGAUCCGUUUACUCCUGAGAGGAAGAAAGCCAAGCCCCUACCCUUAGAGAAAGAACGUUUGUUUGCUACCAUACCAGUGUCUAUCGAUGAUCAGUACGAUUCCAAUUCACCUAUCAGGCACAAGACAAUCAGUCCUUUAUCCGAUCGGGAAUUGAGCUUUUGUCAAGCAUGA